GUGCUCUCCCUCUCCCUCUCCCUCUCCUCUCUCCAUAAGUACCCUGCUGCUCCGCUCAUCACACAGUGUAGCUCACAAGUGUGCAAUCCUAUACAUUCAGUCUCGUUUUGAUCGAUAUUCACCGUGGUUCAGUUUGCUUUGCAUGGCGGAGGCCAAGACUGCACCUGCUGCGGCGGCGGCGGCACAGGCGGGUUUGGGGGAGCGGGGGAAGACGGUGGUGGUGGUCGGCGUGGACGACAACGAGCACAGCUACUACGCGCUGGAGUGGACAGUGCAGCACGUGGCGCCCGGCAUGGCGGGAGUGGCCGAGCUUGUCAUCGUCCACGCCAAGCCGUCGCCGUCCUCCGUCGUCAGCUUUGGCGGCCCCGGGGCCGGGGAGGCCAUGAGGUGCGUGGAGGCCGACCUGCGCAAGAUGGCCGAGGCCGUCGUCGAGAGGGCGCGCCGCGUCUGCAUCGCCAACUCGGCGCACGCUCUGAUCGAAGUGAUCGAAGGGGAGCCCGGGAACGUGCUCUGCAACGCGGCCGAGAAGCACCACGCGGAUCUGCUGGUAGUGGGCAGCCAUGGCUACGGCGCCAUCAAAAGGGCUCUUCUGGGGAGCGUGAGCGACUACUGCGCCCACCAUGUGCACUGCUCCGUGAUGAUAGUGAAGCAACCAAAGUCCAAAUGCUGAGCAUGUACUUGUAGCAUCAUCUUGGGUUCGGUUUCGUACAUCAGAUGAUGUUUGUGUGGUGAUAGUUGUAUCUGCAUGGAUGGAACGAUGUUGUGCAUCAUA